CUCCACCAUUUUUUGUCUGUAAGUCCCGGAUCCUGCGGUGGCAGCUCCUCAGACCCUGGGGUUGGAGUGUGCGUCUCAGAAGUGUCUUCUAGGAAGGAGAUUGGGGCACUGGAUGUUGGUCCCAUUUUCUUUGGAAUGAAGGAGGUGUGACAGACUUUGAAGGACGGUGCCCUGUGAAUAGGAAUCCCACCUGGGGAUGCAUCAUUGUGGCCGGAACCCUCUCAGUACUGCUUCAGAGCAGAGGCAAGAGAGUCCCAGAAAGCUAAUAAGGGAAGGAGAAUGUAGAGCCACGCCACAACCGUACUCUCCUUAAUCCAGUCCAUUCUCUAUUCUCCCAGCUAUGCUGCCAGAGUGUGCUAAAGGUUUACAAGAGCAACAAAAGAUGAAUAAAUCUCCGGAGGUGGUAUCAUUUGAAGAUGUGGCUGUGGACUUCACCUGGGAGGAGUGGCAGGACCUAGAUGAUGCUCAGAGGAAUUUGUAUAGGGAUGUGAUGCUGGAGACCUACAGCAACCUGGUGUCACUGAAAUACCUGCAACUGUAAUUUAUGAAGACAAAAACUUUCUUACAAGUCUGUUCUGGAGUCUCAGCAUUCCAAGUUCAGAGGGUUGCAUCUGAUGUCCAGAUAGAUGAUGACCUCAUGGAGAGGAACCAAGAAAGUCAUGGUAGAUGCUUGCAGCACAUUGUAAUCACCAAAAGCAACCCAUCAGCUGAAGAGAGAGCUGUGUUAGGGAAAUCAUUCUAUUUGAAUUCAUAUCAGGUUUUAAAUCUGAUUAUAAAUAAUGGGAACUAUUUAGGAAAGGGACUUGAGGAGUUUUACAUAUGUGAGAAUGCACUUCUUCCUAGAGAGCCUGAUGAGGUGCCUGCUGGAGAGAAACCUGAUGACCAUCAUAUAACUGGAAAAUUGCCCAGACAUCAUGAGCAUCUUAGUCAUCAUCGCAAUAUUCAAACUGGGAAGCAGCCUUUAGAAUACAGUGUAAAAGGGAAAUCCUCCAACACAGAGCCAUUAAUAUUUACACAUGAAAAGAUUCAUAUGGAUGAGACCACCUAUAAUUAUAGUGAAUAUGGGAAAGGCUGUGGUAAGUCAGCUGUCAUUGCCAAGAAAAUAAAUCAGGUAGAAAGGAAAACUUUCCAAUGUGAUAUAUGCAGGAAAAUGUUCUAUAAGAAGUCUGAACUCACUAAACAUCAGAUUAUGCACACAGGAGAGAAACACUAUAAAUAUACCAAAUGUGAGAAAGCUUGUAUUAAGAAAUUAUACCUUACCUCCCAUCAGAGAACACCUACACAGGAUAAGCUUAAUGGUCGUAAUGAACACGAGAAAGUUGUUUGUCAGAAGUCAGACCUUACAGUGCAUCAGAGAACUGACACAGGAGAAAUGUACUCUGGGAGUAUUAAUUGUGGAAAAAGCUUCUGUGAGAAUUCACUUCUCAGCCAUCCUGAGAGAAUUCACACAGGUGAAAUACCAGUUGGAUGUAAUGAAUGUACAAAAUUUUUCUACCAUGAGUCUGCCCUCACUGUAUAUCAGAGAAUUCACGCAAAUGAGAAACCAUGUAAAGAAUAUAAGAAAUUUUUUUACAGUAAUUGUGCCAAAGCUUUUCUCCAAAAGUCACACUGCAGCAGUCAUCAGAGAACUCCCACAGGUGAAAAAUCACGUGAAUGUAAAGAAUGUGGGAAAGCUUUUAGUGAAAAGUCACACGUUGGCAUUCAUCAGAGAACUCACAUCUCAGGUGAGAAACCAUAUGAAUGUAGAGAAUGUGGAAAAACUUUUAAUCACAGGGGAGAAUUCAGCAGGCAUGAGAGAACACAUACAGGUAAGAAACCGUAUGAUUGUAAUGAAUGUGGAAGAGCUUUUAGCCAAAAGUCAUGCUUCAUCAUUCAUCAGAGAAUUCACACAGGUGAGAAACCAUAUGAAUGUAAAGACUGUGGAAGAGCUUUUAGCCAAAAGUCAUGCUUCAUCACUCAUCAGAGAAUUCACACAGGUGAGAAACCAUAUGAAUGUAAUGAAUGUGGAAAAGCUUUUAGCCGAAAGCCACACCUCAGCAGGCAUCAGAAGAGUCACACAGGUGAGAAGCCCUAUGAAUGUAAAGAAUGUGGAAAAGCUUUUAGCCAAAAAUCACACUUCAGCAUUCAUCAGAUAAUUCACACAGGUGAGAAACCUUAUGUAUGUAAAGACUGUGGAAAAGCUUUUACCCACAAGUCGUACUUCAGCAUUCAUCAGAGAAUUCACACAGGUGAGAAACCAUAUGUAUGUAAAGACUGUGGAAAAGCUUUUACCCACAACUCAUGCCUCAGCAUUCACCAGAGAACUCACACAGGUGAGAAACCAUAUGUAUGUAAAGACUGUGGAAAAGCUUUUAGGGAAAAGUCACAACUCAGUAGGCAUGAGAGAAUUCACACAGGUGAGAAACCAUAUGUAUGUAAAGACUGUGGAAAAGCUUUUAGCCAAAAGUCACACUUUAGCAGUCAUCAAAGAAUUCACACAGGUGAGAAACCAUAUGUAUGUAAAGACUGUGGAAAAGCUUUUAACGAAAAGUCAUACUUCAGCAUUCAUCAGAGAAUUCACACAGGUGAGAAACCAUAUGAAUGUAAAGACUGUGGGAAAGCUUUUGCCCACAAGUCAGACAUCAGGAAGCAUGAGAGAAUUCACACAGGUGAGAAACCAUAUGUUUGUAAAGACUGUGGAAAAGCUUUUAAGCACAAGUCACAACUCAGCAUUCAUCAGAGAAGUCACAGAGGUGAGAAACCAUAUGAAUGUAAAGACUGCAGGAAAGCUUUUGCCCACAAGUCAGACCUCAGGAAGCAUGAGAGAAUUCACACAGGUGAGAAACCAUAUGAAUGUAGAGAAUGUGGAAAAACUUUUAACCGAAAGUCAAACCUCAGCAUUCAUCAGAGAAAUCACACAGGUGAGAAACCAUAUGAAUGUAGAGAAUGUGGAAAAACUUUUAACCGGAAGUCAAACCUCAGCAGCCAUCAGAAGUCACACAGGUGAGAAACUGUAUGAAUGUAAAGAAUGUGGGAAAACAGUUUAUUGGAACUCACCAUAAUAGACAUGAACAAAUUCACAUAUGGGAAAAUCCCAAUUAACGUAAUGACUGUGGAAGAAGAUUUUGCCAUAAAUCUUACAUCACAUUUUAUCGGAGAACUCACACCAAGAAGAAGGCCUAUAAAUGCACAGCUGUCCCUUGGUAUUGAGGUUGGUUCCAGGAGCCCCUGUUGAUGAACUACUUGCAAAAGAUGAAGCCCCUUCUAUAAAUGGUGUAGUAUUUCUCUAUUACCUAUGAGCUUUUAUCUGUGUCCUUUACAUCUUGAGUGGAAUAUUUAUAUCACUGAAUACAGAAGGAAUUCCUUGUAA